CCAGCCCUCCUGGACGGCCACUGCGGGGACGGGGACGCGGACGGGCCGCCGCCGCCACCGCUCUGCCCCUGCAACCCGCGGAGCGCGCCCCGCGACGGCUCCCGCCCGGCUCUCAGCUCCCCCGGGGGAUCCAUUUCCGUCUUGCCUUCGCCGGUGACGCCGGUGACGCACUGCAGCCCCGCGGAGAUGCUAUCUCGUCACCUGCAGGCCGGGACCCCCGCCCGGGCGGGAAGCAGGAGAUAGAGCCAGGCGGCCGCCCGCCGGCCCGCACCCCGUCCCCCGCGGACCUCAGGGAUGUGGCCGCCCCAGUGACGGCCCGCGGCCCCGAGGCUGCCCUGGUCGGGCGGAGCCCGGUGUGAGGAGCGGCUGCUCCGGGCGCGGGCGCGUGUGGAGCCCCUGGAUGGAGCUUGGGACCCGGGCCCCUCAUGUCUGUCCUGCUGACUCUGUGUGUGGCGCUCCUGCCCCUGGCGACCCCCGGCCAAGGCGUCCGGCGAUGGGAGCCCUGCACGGACCUGCGGCCCCUGGACAUCCUGGCAGAAGCGGUCCCUCCCGAUGGCGUGGCGGCGGGCAUCAGGGUGACGCGGGUCCAGGGUGCACGAGGACUCCAGCUCUCGGCCGCCGCCCCCCACACCCUGAGCUUCCCUGCCUCGAGGAUCUUCUCCAGAUGUGACCUCUUCCCGGAAGAAUUUUCCAUUGUCGUGACCUUGAACGUUCCCAGUCUCCCUCCUAAGAAGAACGAGUACCUGUUCACGGUGGUGGCCGAGCAGGACGCGCUGCUGCUGGGUCUGCGCUACUCCGCGGCGCAGCUGCACCUGCUCUUCCUCAGCCAGGACGCGGCGGGCACCUGGCAGACCCGCGUGUCCUUCCGCAGCCCGGCUCUGACUGACGGCCAGUGGCACACGCUGGUCCUGGCUGUGUCCGAAGGCGCCUUCUCCCUCACCACGGACUGCGGCCCUCCCGUGGACAUAACGGCUGACAUGCCCUUCCCGGCCACCCUGUCGGUGCGAGGAGCCCGGUUCUUCAUCGGCAGCCGGAGGAGGACCAAAGGCCUGUUCACGGGCCUGGUGAGGCAGCUGGUUCUGCUGCCCGGCUCAGAUGCCACCCCAAGGCUGUGCCCCUGCAGGAACGCCGAGCUCGCCGCGCUGUCCAUCCCCCCCGUCCUCCAGGGACUCCCGGGGAAGCCAGAAGAGAACGAGGUGCUAAAAUACCCCUACGAAACCGACAUGAAGGUGACGCUGGGAUCCCGGCCUCCGUGUACCAAGGCGGAGGACGCCCAGUUCUGGUUUGACGCCAGCCGCAAGGGGCUGUACCUGUGUGUGGGCAGCGAGUGGGUCUCCGUGUUAGCAGCCAGAGAAAGACUGGACUACGUGGAGGAGCACCAGCGCCUGUCCACAAACGCGGAGACGCUGGGCAUCGAGGUCUUCGCCAUCCCCGAGGCCGGGCUCUUCGUCGCCACCGCCAACCGCAGGGCCACGUCCGCCAUCUACAAGUGGACGGACGGCAAGUUCGCCUCCUACCAGGACGUCCCCACGCACCAGGCCCAGUCCUGGAGGCACUUCACCAUCGGGAAGAGGAUCUUCCUGGCCGUGGCUAACUUCGAACCGAAUGAAAAGGGCCAGGAGUUCUCCGUCAUUUACAAGUGGAGCCAGAGGCGGCUGAGGUUCACGCCGUACCAGCGGGUGCCCACCCACAGCGCCCGGGACUGGGAGGCCUUCGAGGUGUCCGGGGAGCACUUCCUGGCCGUGGCCAACCACCGGGAAGGCGACAACCACAACAUCGACAGCGUCAUCUACAAGUGGAACCCGGGCAGCCGGCUCUUCGAGGCCAACCAGACCAUCGCCACCUCGGGCGCCUACGACUGGGAGUUCUUCACGGUGGGGCCCUACGCCUUCCUGGCCGUGGCCAACGCCUUCAACGGCACGUCCACGCGGCUGCAGUCCCAUCUGUACGUGCGCCUGGGCGGCUCCUUCCAGCUCUUCCAGUCGUUUCUGACGUUUGGCGCCGCGGACUGGGAGGUUUUCCACAUCGGAGAGAGGAUCUUUCUUGCCGUUGCAAACAGUCACCGCUACGACGUGGAAACGCAAGUGCAAAAUGACUCCUAUGUCAUCAACUCGGUCAUCUACGAGCUGAACGUCACCACUCAGACCUUCGUCAGGUUCCAGGAGAUCCCUACCUGCAGCGCCCUGGACUGGGAGUUCUUCUCCGUGGGGGAGGAUUCCUUCCUGGUGGUUGCAAACUCCUUCGACGGAAAUACCUUCUCGGUAAACAGCAUCAUUUACAGGUGGCAGGGGUACGAAGGUUUCGUGGCGGUGCACAGCCUCCCGACCUUCGGCUGCAGGGACUGGGAGGCCUUCCGCACGGCGGCCGGUUCCUACCUGGUCUAUUCCAGCGCCAAGGAGCCGCUGUCCCGGGUGCUGAAGCUGAGGACUGUGUGACGGCCGGGACCCCGGGAGCAGACCCGCUGGACCGCACCCCAGAAGCCCACCCGAGAAGCCCUGGAACUCAGCGGGGGUGGGGUGGCCACCACCUCGCCAUCCCCAGCCCUGUCCCAGCCCCCAUCCAGUGGGGGACAGCAUCCCUCCGCCUGGUGACCACGGUGGCUGGACUCGUGCAGGUCGCUCCGUGCUGCUCCCGCACGUCUGCUGUCCUGCAGGGAUUCCCCUUUAGAGGAAAAGUUCACACAAACUAUUUCCUCAAAAACGGCGGGGCAUCGUCGCCUGCCCGCCUCAUCCGCCACGCAGCCGGACACUCAGGCUGGGGAGCCCCACGCAGGACCGCUUGAUGCUGUUUGAUGUAUUUGUACCUGCUAUUUAUUAUACUCAACCUAUCCUGAAAUAUAUUUAUGACCUCUUUAUGAAAAGCA